AAACAAAAGGGACACGUGAACCACAAAAUCAACGCAAUUAGCAAUUCGACCCACGUAGCUUUCACUCCUCCACCAAAUUCUCCCCUCUCCACGGACCAGUGAAGGGAAAAAAAAAAAAAGAGAAAUUAUCAAAGGAGAAAGUAGAGAGAGCAGAUCUACCGGAAUUACAAUCAGAAUUCGAUCUAACGAAAAUGUUUCUGUUGGAUUGGUUUUACGGUGUGUUGGCAUCUCUUGGUUUGUGGCAGAAAGAGGCUAAGAUCUUGUUCCUUGGCCUCGAUAACGCCGGCAAAACUACGCUCCUUCACAUGCUCAAGGACGAGAGAUUAGUCCAGCAUCAGCCGACACAAUAUCCGACCUCGGAAGAGCUGAGCAUCGGACAAAUCAAGUUUAAGGCUUUCGAUUUAGGAGGCCAUCAGAUCGCUCGUAGAGUUUGGAAGGAUUAUUAUGCCAAGGUUGAUGCUGUAGUGUACCUGGUGGACGCUUAUGACAAGGAGCGUUUUGCGGAAUCCAAGAAGGAAUUAGACGCACUCCUCUCUGACGAGGCACUUGCAGAUGUCCCGUUUCUCAUAUUGGGAAACAAGAUCGACAUACCAUACGCUGCCUCGGAAGAUGAAUUGCGUUACCACCUUGGCCUGAGCGGUGUGACUACUGGCAAAGGAAAGGUCAAUCUUGCUGACUCCAACGUUCGCCCGCUCGAGGUAUUCAUGUGCAGCAUUGUUCGUAAAAUGGGCUAUGGUGACGGCUUCAAGUGGGUCUCUCAAUAUAUCAAGUAGAAGUAUCUCUUCGACACUGUGUUAAAAUGUGGACCGACAUUAUGCCCCUUUGUUGCUCGAUGAUGAAGGGAAGAAACAGCAGUAAAAGGAAUUUCAGGUUGAAUUCGGUUUGUUAGUUGUUUAAAGAUAUGUGUAUGACUUGUGAUUUGAGUUUGUAAGGUAAGUGGAAGUUUUUUAAUCAGUCUUAUGUAAAAAAGAUUAUCUGAAAAUUUGGUGGCCAACUCCAGUAUUCCUCAAUUGAACCUUUCUUUUUUCUUUUCUUUUUUUUUUUGGGUAGAAAUAAUGAUUUUGUUUCCAAUCAAUUUUCUUAUUUAGUUGUCCUAGAAUUCUUUCUUGGUAUAAUAAGCUGGCCGAUUUUUUUCGCAGC